CUCUAUACGGACUGGAGCAUGUCUGCAGCAGCACCCUCAUUGUCCAGUGCAAUGACGCAGACGUAGCAGCAGCAGCACCCGCCUCCCGCUAUACUUACUACCUUAUCCUCCAAUGAUAUCAUCACAGUCCGACCAAUAGAAGGGGAGAUGGCACGCCUGCGGCCACGCCCAGCUCUCGUCGGCUCCCUACAGUGCCCCUGGCGGUCAUGUAACAGAGCGGGCAGUGUGCGAGAGAGGGGGCGUGUCCCGGGGAGGGGGAGGAGCUGCCCGGCGCCGUCACUAACAGACAUUUAUUCCCCGCUGCUGCCCCAGCCUCCAGCACCUCCCGGCAGCAGCAGCGCCUCUCACUUCCUCUGUGACGGGACAGCACCACAGCCUAAUCCGGACAUGUACCCCGCGAUGUGGUAGGAGAGAGCGGGGGAGCCGCGGCCCAGCCUCACCCUCCCCAGCCAGCGCCGCCACCUGAGCAGGGCGGCCUGCUACUGCAGUAUCCCUGGGCUGCGGUGACAGGAGAGGCCCGCACUGUGAGCCGGGAUGUCUGCGCUGCGCUAGAGCCGAGCUCGGUGACCCCGGGAACUCCUCAGUGACCCGGAGCGGCGGAGCCGCCUCUCCCAGCAUCCCCGGGGGGACGUGCCCCGGCUCUGCCCCUCGCCAUGUCCAAGAUGCCGGCGAAGAAGAAGAGCUGCUUCCAGAUCACCAGCGUGACCACGGCGCAGGCGGCCAGCAGCAUCACCGAGGACACCGAGAGCCUGGACGACCCCGACGAGUCGCGCACCGAGGACGUCUCCUCCGAGAUCUUCGACGUGUCCCGGGCCACCGACUAUGGGCCUGAGGAUGUGCCGGAGCGGAGCUCAUCCGAGGAGACCCUCAACAACGUGGGAGACGCGGAGACCUCCGGCACCACCUCCCCCAACCUGCCGCAGGAGGCUCCGGGGGUGAGAGGCAACGGGCAGGCGGCCGGCCCUCAGCACCAGCCCCCGGCAACAGCCGCCCCCCAGCCCCCUGUCGCCGCUGCCUGCACCUCCCGCUUCCGGGUGAUCAAACUAGACCACGGCUCUGGAGAGCCGUACCGGAGGGGCCGCUGGACGUGCACGGAGUACUACGAUCGGGAUCCUGAGAGCGGCAGCCUGAUCACCCGCAGCGGAGACGCUAUCCGCCACACCGGCACCUAUGACCAUUCUGCGGACAGCGGCCUGGGCGCCACUGGGGGCUCCACGGUGCACGCAGCUCACGGCGCGGACUCCGGUGCUGAUAGCUCUCUCAGCGCCGACUCUGUGAGCGGCCAGCCCGCCCCGCACUUUACAGGCGCUGGGCAGCAGCAGCAGCCCAUGGGUGGCGGGGCAGCAGUGCCUACAGGUGCUGCCGGGCAGCCCGUGUAUGCCCCCUCCCAGCUGCUGCAGCAGGGACAGUCCUAUAUGCCCACACACAGCGUCCUGCAGGGAGGCCACAAUGGCCCAUCAGCGAUGCCCAUCAGUCAGCAUCAGAGCAAUGUCUCUGGAGGUCAGUCCCAGCAGUUUACCUACAGCCAGGCCCAGAUGCAACCAGGACACCUGAUGGUUAGCCAGUCCUCUGGCCAGGUUGAGUAUGUGCAGCACAUACCCCUUAUACAGUCGCAAGGAGCAACCCAACAGCCGGCAAACCCAGUCACUGCGGGUUCUGGGCCUACAGGCGGUCUUCCGGGUCAGCAUCUGCAAGCUGGUGGAGCGCAGCUUAUGGGUCUUCAUUCUGUGGCCAGUGACUCGGUGAGCCAAGGAUCAGGACUCCUACAGAAUGCACCAACUGCCCAGGGCCACCCAGCACAUCUGCAGCAGCCUGGAGGUGUGGCACAGUCAACAGUGUCAUCUGUUGGUAUGGGGCAGCAAAAACCUAUAAGUCAACAGCAAGUGAGUGGGAGUAGUCAGGUGUCGGGCAUUCCUGGAGGACACAAUGCCAUGACGCCUGGAGUGCAGACUGUUCCCAUCGCUGUACCCAGUACUGGUGUUUCUGGACUAGCGAGUAGUGCCUCUACUACUCCCAUUUCUAUGCCAAUUUCUCCUGCUACUUUUGUACAGUCUCCAUUGAGUAGCCAUACUUCUGUAAGCAGGAGUAACAGCCUGAUUCCAACAGUUGGGCUUCCAUCAGUGCAAGGUACAACAAAUGCACAUACAGGUCUGCCGCAGGCUAACAUUAAUCAGUUUCAGACGCAGCCUUUGGCUGGUCAAAUUGAUGACCGAAGAAAGUCGGAACCCCUACCUCAGCCGCCAAUUUCCCUGAUUUCUGAGAAGUCUUUUGUGAAAGUUCCUAUUGCAGACACUCUAACAAAUCCUCUUCACUUACCCGUAUUUGGUUUACCUAUCCCUGUUGAUGGUGAGGAUGACAGGAAUCCUUCCUCUGCUUUCUAUGAAGCAUUUCAAGUGAAGUCAAAGAAACUGGGUUCUAGUACAUCUGGUGCGAAUGUUGUGGCCAUCGACAACAAAAUAGAGCAGGCAAUGGACCUGGUGAAAAGCCAUCUGAUGUAUGCAGUAAGAGAAGAGGUGGAAGUCCUAAAGGAACAAAUAAAGGAAUUAAUAGAGAAAAACUCUACACUUGAACGUGAGAAUGCACUGUUAAAGUCACUUUCCAACAGCGAUCAGUUGUCUCAACUCUCGGGCCAGGGAGGUACCGGCACCUGUCAACAGCCUCCAGUGACUACAGCUCCUCUCACUGCUACGCAGACCGCACACCCACCACAGCAACCCAAUGGAUCAUAUGCGUAAACUGUACAAACUGCUUCCUCGCAUCGUUCAGCAAUCUGAGAGCUGUCUGUCCUUGUGUGCCACUGCUGUUCUCUCCACAUUUAAAAACGGGAUAAAAUAUGGAGAGAGAAAAAAAAGAGCAAGUAGCCGUGCUUUAUUUGUGUUUGGCCUUUUCAGUAUUAGACAAUCGUACUCCCUGAUCUCUCGUUGAGUGAGAGGUGAUACUUAUUACAUUGUGUAUCAGGUUUUAUCAGAAUUGGAUUGUGAAAAUGUAUGUGUGUAUGUAAUAUUUACACACACUUGUUCCUUGAAUACUGGCAAUGAAUGUGUGCAGGUCACUAGCCCUUCUUACACUGGAAGGGGUAAAAGCAGCAGUUUAUGUUCUAGAAAACCUGCAUGUAUAAAUUACAAAGGAAGUUUGCCUAUAUUGUUACAAGAGCGGUUUAAUGACCAUACUGAUAAAUAUAUAGUAUUGUGUUCACAAACGAGAUGAAGUGCAUGCAAGACCAAGCAUUGGCCAUUUGGAUCAAGUCCACAUGUAACUUUUUUUUUUUUUUUUAUGCUUCUCACGAUAGGCUUAGAAGAUGCAUUCUAUUUGUAUAUGUUAACCAUGGACUGUUAAGUGAUGGCCAAAACUAAGGCAUGUAUACAUUCAGCUAGAGUCUCUGCACAUGCCCAGUAUCUAUCACAGCACCAUGCUAAGCUACCCUCCCUAUCUACAGAUUCAGUGCUGGAAAAAAAAAAUCUAUAUAUUGAGGUUUAGUUUUACAGCUUUCUACUGCACCAGUCUAUAUAUGAAAAUACAUUAUACAUGUACCCAAGAUGCAGAACUGCAAUGCCCAUCUACACGGCACACAUCUGUCAUACUGAAGUGCUUGUUGCUGUCAAGGGGACAGACAAUAUUUUGCGGCUUGUUUUAGCGGAUAGUGAUCAAUCUCGUCUGUUUCGAUCUAAAUUGAUCCAGCAGUUACCUAAAAUAUUUUAUUUAAUCCAAUAAAGCAAAUUUGGUUUUCUACAACAUAAAAGGCUGCCUCAAUCAAUAGUUGAUGUCUGAUAUUCAGCAAAGGGUCUAAUGGAGGCGUGGUGGCUCUCCCAGGAGUGUCACCAUUCGAUUGUACUCUGAGCCAUGUUUUGUCAGUCCUUUGUAUGCAAAACUAAUCAUUGUAUGCAUAGUGAGAGCCACCACACGUUACAUAUAAGUAACAUUUUGCCUCUCUUAGUUUCAUUUAAUGUUUGUAUUUUAUUUAUUACAGGGCUGCUAUUUUCUUAAUAUGUAUGAACAAUGUCACAGACACUUUUUUUUUUUUUUCUUAAUUAGAGAAUAAACGUAAAUCGUAUCAUAACUAGAGAGGCAGGAUUGCAUUAAGUAGAUGUUUCUGCAAUAACCGCACAUAUGUACCCAGACAUAUAUGUAUAUCGAACACUAACAACAAUUUUACCGUUGGUAUUUAUUUUUCAAUCAAGAAAAGAUCCAGUUUGAAUGUACAUUUUGUAAAGCGUGUAAGUAUGGAAACAAUGCACCUGUACAAGAGAGCAACAGUUGUGAUACUAAAAUAAAUGAUAGAUUAGCUAUUUUGAUGAAGAAAA